AUGUCGGCGCGUGACCGCGAGACGGCCGAGGCACUGGUGCGCCUCGCCGCCUCGCUGGACGGGGCGGUGCUCGGCCUCGGUACGGCGGCCGUCGCCGUCGCGUCGUGGGUCAAGUACCUCGCCGUCUCGGGGCAGCUGCGCCUCGUCGCCUCCGCGGCGACGGCCUCCAUCGCCGACACCCGCUCCCUCCUCCCGGACGACGGCGACGAGUCGCGGAUCGCCGCGGUGCGGGGCCACGUGCGGACCCAGGGCUCGUUCCUCCGGGCCCCGUUCUCAGGCGAGGCGGGCGUCGUUGUGAAGCACACCCAGAUGUGUUUGUUCACAGAAUGGAGAGGCAUCUUUGGAUGGACCUUUGAUCUGCAUGCUCUUCUUUUCAGAUCAUGGAAAGAGCAAAUUGUGACAUCUUUUAGAUCGGUUCCGUUUGUUCUGGUUAGUACUGAGUUAGGAAAUCCUGCGGGAGUGGUGCAUAUAAAUGUGGAUAAGGCGGAUCAACCGUUGCCUCUUACUACAGUGUUUCAUAAACUUAUCCCACUUGAGACGACUCCUUACACAUUGUUCCAAACUAUUAUUGGCAAUGGCUAUCCGAUUGCAUUGUUGGAUGAAGAAAAAAUACUACCGAUCGGUAAGAAAAUUACAGCAAUAGGACUAUGUCAUGUGAAGGAUGCAGAAAGUGUUGAGAUCACAUCGUGCCCAGAGAUCCCCUUUUUCUUAUCUGAGCUAACCAAGGAUGAGAUGCAAGCUCAGCUGGCUUCGCGUGCUAGGAUACUCUUUUGGGGUAGUAUUGUUUUGGGAACCUUGUCGGUUUGCUUAGUGGGCCAUGCCAUUUACAGGGGCUGGAAGAGAAUCAAACUGCGGAGAGAGGCUAGGCAGGCACAGCAGAUGUUUGAGGAGGCUCAAGACGCUAUUCAGGAAGAUAACUCUAGUGAUGACGAUGAAGUAGGAGACGGGCAACUAUGUGUUGUGUGCUUAAGGAAGAGAAGGAAAGCAGCUUUUAUUCCAUGUGGGCAUCUUGUCUGCUGUUGCAAAUGCGCACUAAGAAUGGAGCGUGAGGCUGAACCGUUGUGCCCUAUGUGUCGUCAGGACAUCAGACACAUGAUAAGAAUUUAUGACUCUUGA